AUGCCCGUUGCGAAGCCAUGGCUCGACACGCUCACCACUGCGAAGCUACAUCGACUUGCCAUCGCAAUCGGCGCACCAUGCAGCGGCACGAAGGCAGUCCGGAUCGAGGGUAUUCGACGGGCAGUGACGAGUGUGUCAAGCAAGGAUGGAAGCGACGCCUCUGACUUAAGUCUCUUGAGCAUUGAUAUGGGGAUCAGGAACUUGGCGUUCGCCCAUAUCACAGCGUCACUACAGGCAGCAAACUCGGCGAAAUAUCUGCAGUACACGAAACCCACAUUGCAAGCAUGGCGUCGCCUAGCAGUAUCCGAGUCACUAGAUGCCACAACUGCAGUGCCCAUAUCAGUCCGCGUUGACAAUGCAAGCGAGGUUUUGGCUUCGAAAGAGUCAUUUGAACCCGUCGACUAUGCGUUGCACGCGUACAAACUCAUCAACUACAUGCUGCAAACUUGUCAGCCAAACCAUGUUCUGAUCGAGAGACAAAGGUUUCGCUCCGGAGGCGGGCCGGCAGUUCAAGAAUGGACGAUACGGGUAGGGGUAUUCGAGGGAAUGUUGUACGCGUCACUUCGGACCAUCAUUGAGGAGCGAAAGUUGCAUUUGAGUGUGGAGCCCAUGCAACCUUCCCGGGUCAAUCGAUAUUGGCUUGAAGGCUGUAUGCGUCCGUCCACCCGUAAACUGGUUGGACAGGAGGUGAAGAGAGCGAAAAUUCAGCUAGCAGGCAAUAUCCUCCGAGAAGCAGACGCAAACAUCUGCGUGGGAAAAGAGAUGCAACCGAUUGUCGCUGACUUUGUAUCUGGUUGCAACAAGGACUUUACGAGCAAGCCAGCAGCAAACGCUGGCAAGAUGAAGCUGGAUGAUCUGGCAGACUCACUUCUGCAAGGAUUGUCAUGGAUCAAGUGGCAGAAUAGCCGGAGACGCAUCGAAGCCUUGGGCCGAGAUGCAAUCGACCUGGAUUCUGGAGCCGUGUGA